AAAAACAUUUUAGCCUAUUCAAACUUGUUACACCAAAGUAGUUACAAGAAGCAUAAAUACAUAUAAUUAUUAUCAUGGAAACUACAAUUCUUUCUUCGAUAAGAAAUCCUCUAUACUCAUUUUCUCCCCUAGCCAAAACUUCAAAACUCAACUCGAGAAAUAACAACAAUAAUGUUAGAAUAGUCUCAGCUCUUCGGAGGAGUAACUCUUACGAGUCUCAAUAUGAAGGUCGUCUAGUGGAUGAAAAUAUGAUCGUUUUGAGAAAAAGGAUCCACGAAAUGAAGGUAGUUGAGAGAAAUUACGAGCCUCCUAAGGAAUGGAUGGAAUGGGAGAAACAAAUGUACGCUCAAUAUGAUGAGUAUAUAUGCGCGGUUUUGGGUGUGGUUCAAACUCAAUUGAUGAAUACUCGACCUAGUGUUGCCCUUGGUGCCCUGGCUUUGCUUACGUUGAGUGUGCCUACUUCGAUUCUUUUGCUUGCUUUCCACUUUACAUAGGUUGCUUAUAUUAUACGAUCAUCAAGUUUUAUAGUACGUAGUAAUUUUUUAAAAGCAUAGACUGAAGAUCUGGUUUUGACAAUGUACAUAUUUCUCAUUUCUAGUGCUUAAUACUUAGAUUUGGGGUUGAUUAAGCUAAGAUUUUUAAUGGCGACCCCUUAAGAAUUAGUGACUUGUUUAUUACAGUAAUUUAUUGUAUGUAUGUUUAAUUUACUUAAAAUAAUAAGGGUUACCUAGCAAUUUCAUCUAUAUUAGAU